GCCGCGGGGGCUGCCGGGAUCGUGGCGGUUCGGCGGCGGGUGGGGCCGGGCCGCAGCGGGAGGACCCGACCCGGGGCCGGGACCGGGACCGGGGCGGAGGGGGGGGUGUGUGUGUGUUACCGGAUCCCGGGGUCCCGUUCCGGGUCUCUCCGCAGAGAUGUUCUUCACCUGCGGCCCCAACGAGGCCAUGGUGGUGUCGGGUUUCUGCCGCAGCCCCCCCGUGAUGGUGGCCGGGGGGCGGGUGCUGGUGGUGCCGUGUCUGCAGCAGAUCCAGCGGAUCUCCCUGAACACCCUCACCCUCAACGUGCGCAGUGAGAAGGUGUACACCCGCCACGGCGUCCCCAUCUCCGUCACCGGCAUCGCCCAGGUGAAGAUCCAGGGGCAGAACAAGGAGAUGCUGGCGGCCGCCUGCCAGAUGUUCCUGGGCAAGUCGGAGAGCGAGAUCGCCCAGAUCGCCCUGGAGACCCUGGAGGGCCACCAGCGCGCCAUCAUGGCCCACAUGACGGUGGAGGAGAUCUACAAGGACCGGCAGAAGUUCUCGGAGCAGGUUUUCAAUGUGGCCUCCUCCGACCUGGUGAACAUGGGCAUCAGCGUGGUCAGCUACACCCUGAAGGACAUCCACGAUGACCAGGACUACCUGCACUCGCUGGGGAAGGGCCGCACGGCGCAGGUCCAGCGCGACGCCCGCGUCGGGGAGGCCGAGGCCAAGCGGGACGCUGGCAUCCGCGAGGCACGAGCCCGCCAGGAGCAGGUGUCGGCGCAGCUGCUGAGCGAGACGGCCAUGGCGCAGGCCCAGCGCGACUUCCAGGUGCAGCAGGCCCUGUGCGACGCCGCCGUCAGCGCCCGCAAGGCCCAGGCUGACCUGGCCUACCAGCUCCAGGUGGCGAGGACGAAGCAGCAGAUCGAGGAGCAGCGGGCGCAGGUGCUGGUGGUGGAGCGGGCGCAGCAGGCGCAGCUGCAGGAGCACGAGAUCGGCCGCCGCGAGCGGGAGCUGGAGGCUACCGUCCGCAAACCCGCCGAGGCCGAGCGCUACCGCCUCGAGCGCCUGGCCGAGGCCCAGCGGUCGCAGGUGAUGAUGCAGGCAGAGGCUGAGGCCGAAGCCAUGAGGGUGACGGGGGCGGCGCGGGCGGCGGCGGUGGCCGCCCGGGCGCGGGCGGAGGCGGCGCAGACGGCGGCGAAGGCGGAGGCUUUCGGGCAGUACCAGGAGGCCGCCGUCGUCGACAUGGUGCUGCAGCGGCUCCCCCAGGUGGCAGAGGCGGUGGCGCAGCCGCUGCUGGGGGCGCGACGGGUGACGUUGGUGGCCGGUGGCUCCGGUGACAUCGGGGUGUCGCGGCUCCCGGGGGAGAUCCUGGACGUCGUCACCCGCCUGCCAGCCGCCGUCGAGGCCCUGACGGGCGUCAGCGUCACCCAGGCCGCGCAGAAGAAGUCCGAGUGCCAGGCCUGAGCCAGUGCCACCGUGUCCCCCAAGUGCCACUACACGCUGGUGCCACCCCGCCUGGGGGGGUGUCACCGCUCCCUGGAGCCCUGUCCCCAUGGUGCCACCACCCUCCGGAGCCCCCCCCGCCCCCCAGUCUUGCCGAAGUGCCACCACCUCCCGGUGAUGCUGUGUCCCCAGCGUGUGCCACCCUGCCUGCGAGGUGCCACCGCUGCCUGGAGUGCUGUGUCCCCCCCCCCCCCGCCGAAGUGCCACCACCUCCCAGUGUUACGUCCCCCGCGGUGCCGCCCCGGUGUCCCCAAGGCGCCGCUGCCCCCCGUCCCCAAAGUGCCACCCUCUGCGCGUGCUGCCAUCCCCACCCACCCCUCAGGUCCCAAGGUGAGGGGGGGGGGACACGUCCCCGCGUCCUGUCCCCGUGUCAUUAAAACUGCUGCGUCCACAA